AUGCCGCGGCGAUCCCUCCGGUCCCUCCUCAGCGUCGCCCCGACCCUCUCCCUCCCCCAGAUCGCGCAGCUCCACCAACACCUCCUCUCCCGGGGCCUGCUCCUCUCCUCCCCCUUCCUCCUCACCAAGCUCCUCACCGUCUACGCCUCCCUCGGCGACCUCCCCUGCACCCUCCGCCUCUUCUCCCUCCUCCCCCACCCCCGCUCCCUCUUCGCCUGGACCCCUCUCCUCUCCCUCCUCUCCCGCUCCUCCCUCCACCUGCUCUGCCUCUCCUCCUACUCCCUCCUCCGCUCCUCCCCACUCUCCCCCGCCCCCGACCCCUUCCUCUUCCCCCCCGUCCUCCGCUCCGCCGCCGCCGCCCCGGCCCCCGCCGCUCCCCGUCUCGCCGUCCCCGCCCUCCACGCCGACGCCCUCAAGUUCGCCUCCGACGGCCCCCUCCCCGUCGCCAACGCCCUCGUCUCCGCCUACGCCCGCCGCGGCGACCUCGCCGCCGCGCGCCGCGCCUUCGACCUCAUCCCCGCCCGUCGCCGCGACCUCCUCUCCUGGAACUCCGUCCUCGCAGCCUACGCCGCCGCCGCCGCCGCCGCUUCCGGGGGCCUCCCGGAGCUCGAGCUCCUCCUCCGCUCCAUGCGAUCCCAGGGCCUCGAGCCCGACCUCGUCACGUGGAACACCCUCAUGGACGGCUACUGCCGCGCCGGGCGCUGCGACGAGGCGCGCGACAUCCUCCUCCGCGGCGCCCCCGACCCCAACGCCGUCUCCUGGACCACCGUGAUCUCGGGCUACGCCCGCGCCGCGAAUCACGAGGCUUCCCUACGGCUGUUUCAACGGCGUUUCGCCCGACGCCGACGCGCUCGCCUGCGUCGUCUCCUCCUGCCGCCACGUGUCCGCUUUCCUCCACGGCCGCGAGGUCCACGCCUACGGCCUAAAGACCAUGGACCGGGAGUCGUUCUACGGCUCCGCGGGAGCCGCUUUGGUCGCCAUGUACGCGAGCUGUAG